CGUCGCACUCGCGACUGUACCGUAGCGGCGCGACGCGAGGCGACGCGGCGCGCCGCGACGCUGCCGAUCCUCUUCUCCUGGCUAGACGCACUUCAGUGCGCCGCGAGAGCGCUCCGAAACCGCUUGUUGAUCUUACGCCUCCCGUUCGGAGCGAGCAAGGCCGCGCUGUCGACUGUAGAAAGCUUUUGAGGAGAAAAAGUGUGAAAGUAGAGAAAAAGUUGCGAAUAAACGUCACGGAAUAGAACGUGAAAAUGCCAUGGAAUAGGAAAACUUAAUAUUUAACGAUUGGCGAGAAGUAGUGCAUCAUUGAGACCCUUUGGCUUCAAAUCACCAGUGUUCAUCAUGUAAACUAAAAAAAGAAAAAUGAACAUCGAUAAACUUAUUAAUGAGUGCGUCAGUCAACGUAGUCGAUAAACAAUGAAUAAGAAGUAAAUAACAAAUGAGAGAUAAACAUGAAUUAUUUAAAAAAAAGACUGUUAAUUAUUUUAAACAAUUGUAUUUUUAACAAUAUGAUUAUUGAAUAAUAAAAGGUUACCAAUAUAAUUAUUGGAUAUAUGAUUGGAGUAUACAGAAUGACCGUAAAAGAAUAAUAAUCGUACUCAAGAUUGGUUAAUAAAUUUAAUAUGAUUAGCAACCAGUACGGUCAAUCAGCACGAUCAACAUUCUCUGGAUAGUAAAUUAUCCGUGGUCGCGCCAGCAAGAUUAAUAGUGGUUCGAGACUGUUAAUGAUUGGUAACCAUAACACGAGCUUAUAUAUGUGCGCUUACGAAAUUAGCACUGUAAACGGAAAUUCCCAUCGAAUUCAAGCUUAUUGAUAUCAUCGAUAACCGUUAGGAUUAUUAAUAAAAUAAGUAAAGACUGAUGCAAACAAUGUGAAUAAGUUCUAUUAAAAUCUCGAAAAUUUUAUUAGAUCUUACUAAGAGACAAUACAAACGUAACUCCAUUAAUUUAAUGCAAAUUUUAACAAUAACUAUCGUGAUCGUUAACGAGUAAAAAAUAUCGUAAAUUAGUGACAUCGAGAGUGACGUGAAUCGACACUCGGUAUAUUUACUUCAGCCGCUAGCCGAAAAGUUACUUUAUCAUUUGACAAAAAAAAAACGAGAAAUUAAUGGACAACUGCAACUACAAAGAUACACCGGGGAUCAAAAAAUAAUCAAUCUAAACUUUUUCAAGAGAAAAAAACCUGAGGUUUAUCCGAAACGAUCAAAGAAGCUUCGCAAGUAUAAUCCUUCGGGGACACAACGGGCUUCUUUUACUUCUCUUUGAGAAAGAAAAAGUGAUUCAUUCACGAAGUAACAAGUGUAUUUUAAUGGAUGAGUAUCGCAGAGACACCCAAGUUGUACAAAAGACGAUCAACCGAGAGCUUUUUCAAGAAUUAAAACUAAUCUUACUUAAGACUCCAAGAAUUCUCGGAUUAUUAAGACUUUUCGUUUUUUUUUUCUCAUUAAGUUAGCUUACGCGAUACAAUAAUAAAGAAACAAGUUAAUUAAAAAGUUCUCUUCAGAAAAUAAAGGAUUUAUUUAAAAAAAAAAGGGAUACUUCGAGAUGAAAAGGGUACUAUUUCGUGGAUCCAUUAGCUCCUCGAUUCAAAAUAUAGAAUCGUAUAAAUCCGCGAAUUAAUUCAGUGUACAAAUUUUAGAAACGUGUGAGUCACUAAAGCGCGAGGUACAACUGACGAGCGGUAUUAAGUGAUAUACAAAUCGGUGAUUGGCGUGUUUGUGGACAAUAUCGGAGCGCUAAGAGACCUUCUUCGAGGAAGCGAGUGACUCAUCGAUGAGCAAGGACCAGAGCGAUAUCGUCGAGCGCGGAAUUUUCGAGCGUGCGUUCCGCAAAUUUUCGAGGAAAGUGUAUUGUCAGACGCGAGCUCCUCGAAUAUCUAUCUCGCCCGCUCUUAAUGGACAAAGUUAUGAUUAAGUUCGACGUCACGCAAGUGAUGCGAAGUACAUUCGAUCUCACAUGCUCACGCGAACAGACACGCGGCUCACGGUGGUGAGAAUGCCAGGUGACGCAAUGGUAAAGUUCGAGUGUCGCAUGAUCGACGAGGAGACUAACGACAGGUGAUUAUGCAGUUCGCAGAGUAUCGCCGUUCAAGUUACUGCGACCAAGGAUUCGGAUGGCAAGGCGGCUCGCGGUUCGUCGUAAAACUGCGAUACAUCGUAAGAGCAUCUAUGCGGAACUCUCUACGCGGCGUCGACAAAACCGAUACGAUUCUCUCCACGAGACACAAUCGAGGAGCAAGAUAAAUCGAGCAGGGGAUCGCGACGUUAUGGUACCCGGAUUCGCUUCAAUAUCUUCCGAAAGGCAACUUGAUAAACUCGAAGAGCUCGAAAAUUUGAUCAGAAUUGAAGACAAGCAAGAGACAAGGUUAGACAGGGAGGACAAGGAGCUCGCGAGGGUGAAGAUGGUAACGUGAUAAGGCGAGAUCGAAAGGCAAUGCAAAAUCGGGAAGUGAUAGAAAAUUGCUGAACGUGAUGGAAAUAAGCUCGAUAACGACGACGGCGACGGUCGCUUCCGAUUAUUAUGACGUUGGUGGAUUCAUGCAUUAUAACUACAGCAAUGACAGCUACGACGGGCCACUCGAAUGUAGGCAGGAGGUCAAUACCAACAGCCUGCCCGACUUCAUCAUUUAUGGCAUAUUCGUCAACCUGAUCGGUCUUUUCGGGAUCUUCGGUAACACGAUCUCGAUGAUCAUCCUGUCGCGGCCGCAGAUGAAGUCGUCCAUCAAUUAUCUGCUGAUCGGAUUGGCCAGAUGCGACACCGUACUGAUCAUCAUCGCGGUAUUAAUCUACGGAUUACCGGCAAUUUACACGUAUACCGGCGCGCUAUUCGACUAUAAAUUCAUCGUCUAUCCGAAGACCAUCAGGUACCUGUAUCCGCUGGCUUGCAUAGCGCAAUUUGUGACGGUGUAUCUGACGUUAACGGUGACUUUAGAGAGAUACAUCGCGGUCUGCCAUCCGCUGAAAGCCAGAUCCUUCUGCACUUACGGACGGGCCCAAGUGGCAGUGGCAGUCAUAGUGAUCGUCGCCUUUAUUUACAAUCUGCCCAAAUUCUGGGAAAUCAAAGUGUACAACGAGAGGCACUGGAAGUACAAUAUCACGGUGUACUGCGUAGACGCAACCGAAUUAAGGAGCAACGAGUUUUACGUCACCCUGUACAUCCACUGGAUGUACUUCUUCGUGUACUACAUGUUCCCGUUUAUCAUGCUGGUGAUUUUUAACACGGCCAUUUAUCGACGGGCGUAUGUCGGCUUCCAGGUCAGAAAGGCGAACAGGGACCUGCAGCAGCUGUCGCGUCAUCAGCGCCGCGAGAUCGGCCUGGCGACGAUGCUGAUGUGCGUGGUGGUCGUGUUCCUGAUCUGCAACAUAAUGCCCAUGGUCUCGAACGCGCACGAGACGUUCAUCGCGGAUCCGCCGCAGUGGAUGGUGCAGAUCGGCAAUCUGCUGGUGACCAUCAACAGCAGCAUCAACUUUAUCAUCUACGUGAUCUUCGGCCGUAAGUUCAAGAGGAUAUUCCUCAAGCUCUUCUGCUCGUCCCGGCUGUUCGUGCAGGGCCGGGACAGUCCGGAGUUCCAGACGUACGACGAGUCGAUCGUCACCAACACGACGAAUAUUGAGCUGAGAAACUCGGUGAGGCACAGCCACCUCCAUCGCGCCAACACCAUCAGCUGGAACAACAACAUCCACGUGUCCAACGGCAGUACCAGACAGAGUCUGAAGACCGGCAGGCCGGCCAGCCCCGGUUCCUGUCCGGUUUAUCAUCCGGGCAAGAAUCCAGCGAGGAGCCCCAGUCAGAUGUCAAGAGCGUCGAACGGCCGCAACAGCUGGAACAGGAGGGAGAAUGGCGAUUCCACACUGUAAUAUGGACAGCAACAACUGUUCUUCGCGUUUAUUAUGCAAUUAGAAGUCUGCUGAGUGUUUUAAUCAAUGUCAAGAACUUCCAUUGAUUAGAAGUAGUGAAAAAAAAAAUGUAGAAUGAUAAUUCCAAUGGACAACAAAUGUCAGUCUUUUUAUAUCUGUUACAUCUGUCUUGCGAAAAAUCAACUGUGUGUCUCAAUCGGUUGCCGGAGUCUUUGGUUGGUCAGAACUAACGGAAGAAGAAUGAUACCUUCACGUUGUAAUGUAUGAUACAUAAUCGCGUUCGCUGCGUUUUAUUGUUUGAUGAAUGAUCCAAGAAUGAUAUUAAACUGUCAAAUGGAUGUCAAAAGGACCAAAGCGAUGUAAAAGAUAA